CCUUGCUUAGAAACGCAAUUUGGGCUCUGAAGCAUCCGCUCAGGGCAUCUUUGGUUAUCCUGAAACAGGCCCUGGCACGCCUGGAUUCUCCACCGAUCAGGUCGCAUCCGGUCCUCAACAUUGUCAGCAGGCCGGCUACUUUGACCAGCCCUUCCAUACAGCGUCGGGUGCCAGUCCAUAUGCACGAAGCUUCUCUCAAUCACCAUCGGCUGGUUUCGGUAGUGGAAAUGGAGGUUCUGCACCAACAACGCCUGGCGCUGCAGGAGACCAUGGCCCUUCGACAGUGCCUGGAGUUAGCAACAUGCCUUCCCACAGCUGGGGUUCCUUUGCGCAGGGAUCAUCAUCGUUUUCCAGUCCACCAACGCCCCACUUUGCCUCCAUGCCUGGAUCAUCAAGUCCGGGCGUGGCAGCUACAGGGAUCGCCACAAGCAUCUUUGCGUCCACGUUGGCUGAAAAGAACGAGGAGCCAUUGGAGUACCGACUUCUGCAGGAGCAGAAAAAGUUGCAUGAGGCCCAGCAGCAGGAACAGGCAAAACUCCAGCUUGCACAACAGUUGGAGCUCCAGGAAAUGCAACGACAUCAGGUGGAGCACACCCAUGCAGCAACGCUGGCCGAGGCUGCGGGUCAGACUCCAUCGGGUUAUAUUCCGACACCUGUUCAUCACGAUCACAACGAUCCGGCGACUUGGGGCUACGAUGGCACGGUACCAUCCGGAGGACAACUCCAAGGAUACUUGGCUGGACACGGCAAAGGAUAUACGCCAGCGGCGAUCGGAGGAGUGGCUGCUUUGGCGGCCAUGGCUGCCGCAAGCCGGGAAAAUUAUGUAGCAGGACGGGGAAGAGGUUCAGGAGGCAUGGACAUGGAGAUGUAGACAACAUGCGUCUCCCCCUCCUCACUGUCUUGGGCCCACCCUUGCUAUUUUUUCAUAUAUUUGAAGCGCAUUAAAACUUGUACAGUACUACGUUAUUCUUUCAAUUUUGCUACCACCAUGACGCCAUGACAAGCCGGCACCAGCGCCAGUAAGGGACACUGUGGAGAGGCGUAAAUCCG